AGUGUAGACCUCAGUCGAGAGCUCCACAUGAGGAGUUGAUGGAGACUGGAAGCAGACUCCGAGUCUAAUCUCGAACUAUUUAGGGGUCUUCCUGGUCGAAAAAAGUCUCUUUGUUUUCUCUCUGAUUUCUGGAAAGUUCACCGGAGUUGUUGCCGCAACAUAAUUCCCAAGGGGGUCCUCUUUCUUCGGAAUUUUGACUCUUCGGUUCUUUCUUCCGAUUGUUCUGAUUGUCGAGGCCUGAAACGAUGGGGUGUACUGGAUCGUCGCGCGCAAAAGGAGACGAAAGUUCUAAGAAAAUACGAAGGCCAAAGCCUUGGAAGCAUUCUCAACCAUUAACAAGGACACAACUGAAGCAGAUGCGUGAUGAGUUCUGGGACACUGCUCCCCAUUAUGGUGGACAGAAAGAGAUUUGGGAUGCACUCCGAGCUGCUACUGAAGCUGAUUUAACCCUUGCACAAGCAAUUGUGGACAGUGCCGGUGUGAUUGUUCAAAGCGCUGACUUGACAACCUGUUACGAUGAGAGAGGUGCUAAGUAUGAACUACCCAAGUAUGUUUUGAGUGAACCAACCAAUCUGAUUCGCGAUAAUUGAAAAUGGAGAAAAGAAAAGUACAGUGGUCGAGUAAAGACUGUAAAUUGUGUAUAUGAUGAAUCACAUUAUCGUUUGGUUUCUGAAAUACAGUCCUGUUGAAGUUCUGCUUGAUACUCAUCUUUGUUUAUAUCCACUUCUGAAGGCUUAUGCUAAAGUUUACUGCAUCUUAACAAAAGAGAGAAUAGCAGCCACUUUUGUAAUUUCUGGGGAUUUUCCUGAAGGACUAAAGAAAAUGUAACAAAACAUUUUGGUUACCGAAAUUUAUGUUUCAAAUUUCUCAAUAGAGCAAUUUUCAUUUUUACCA